AUGUCUUUCUUUUUCACGCUCCUCAUUUUUAUUAUUUGCUUCCAAAUUCAGAAUGAUCCGCUGGUGUCGUCGUCGCAUUUGAAUACACUCAAUGGCCAACAUCUCCAGGUCAUUUGGCCUCGCUGGAAGGGAAACCCCAAAGGACUUACGGGUCCGAUCACCGGUGGCAUAUUUCUCGAUACCUUGGCAGAUCGUUUGAAUUUCACGUACGAGAUGGUGAGAGUCACAGAGAACAGGUUAGAACCACAGGGAAAAGAACGAGGACUUUUUAACUAUUUGUGGAAUCAACAAAGUGACUUGCUAGUCGUAGGAGUGACUCUGUCACUUGCGCGUUCUGAAGUUGUAGAUUUGUCGGUGCCUUGGAUUUUCGAAACUUAUGCUUUUCUCAUCCCAGUUCAAGAUGACACGGCAAACAUCAACGGAGUCGUCAAACCAUUUCAAUGGCCGGUUUGGUUGGGCUUAAUCGUUUCGGUUGUUUGCGUCACUGCCGCUUUGAUUUUAGUGGAUAGACCUUUUAAAAAAACCAGGAGCGCAAACUUGAUCAGGGACCGUGAACACACUGCUAAGAGGAAAAGCGGUCGAGCUGGAAAACAAUAUCUUUAUGUAUUUGGAAAUUUGAUGUCACAAAGUGGUCCCUGUACGUCGAAACGUCUGUCAUUUCGACUGGUCGCUGGCGUUUGGACCCUGGCCGCUUUCAUUUUCGUCCAGGCAUACAAUUCGAUAUUAUUCACCUACGUAGUGUCACCAGUUAAUCAGCCCCUGAUCAAUUCGGUCUAUGACAUUAUUGAGCGUAACGAUGUCCAGCUGCUUACUCGAAAAGGCUCCUCUAUGAAUAUUCUUGUUUCGAAUCCUAACGCGACGCCAAUCUAUAUUAAACUGAAGAAAAAACUGGACACAUUCCCCAAUUCCAGAUGCAAUUUGGUAUCAGAGUGCAUCAAUUUGAUCACACCCGGAUCAAGAAACACCUUUGUCGAUGGGAGAUCUGCACAUCUGGAAACUAUUAAAAAAAAAUUUGAAGAAACCAAAAGAUGCGACCUCCAAUUGGCAAAGGAACCUUUCUUGGGUGGAUAUGCGUCAUUUGCACUGCAGAAAAACAGCCGCUACACCGACACUAUUAACAAGGGAGUGUUGGAGCUUCUACAAACGGGAAUAAUCGAUAAAUGGGACAGGUCAUUCCACCCAAUGCCUCGUCAAUGUAUGGCCAACGGCAUCAACAGCGGAAAAAAGAGACAAGAAACCAAAAAUUUGUCCAUUUCACUAAAAAAUUUGACUGGAGCCUUUGUCGUUUAUUUUGUAGGAUUUAGUUUAUCUUGUCUCACUUUUCUUUUUGAGCUUAUCAUUUCUACAGCUCAACGCUAAAAGUUUUAGCAAUAACAGCUAAAGAACCUUACACGAUCUCAUGGUAUUAUCGAUUGAGCCUGUCGAUGAAGUCGACCUCUCUGUCAGCGAUAAUUAACUUAUUUCUUAUUGAUUGACUGAUUGAUGCGCAUUUAUAGACUAUAAAUAUUAAACUAGUUUGCUACAUGGUUUAGUUUUUAGUAUAGCUAUUGGCUGUUGAGUAUUUGCGCAAAUA